ACGUCCAAGGGCACUUUGAGAUAUGGAAACAAGUCUUCAUCGUGGGCACUGUGGUUAUGGCGAAGAGAGCGAGCUCGGACGAAUUUUUAGCUGUAUAUUCCAAGGUGUCAAUAGUUGACAGGGAUCCUGAACAUCCAAGAAAUCUUAUUCCUGAGCUAUGCAAGCAGUUUUAUCACCUUGACUGGGUUACUGGAACAGGGGGAGGAAUUAGCAUGAGAUAUAGAAAUGAAAUAUUCAUUGCACCCUCAGGAGUCCAGAAGGAGAGGAUACAGCCCGAAGACAUGUUUGUGUGUGACCUGGAUGAAAAUGAGCUUUGUUCUCCUCCUCCAGAGAAGAAACUCAAGAAAAGCCAAUGUACUCCUUUAUUUAUGAAUGCCUUCACAAUGAGAGGAGCUGGAGCAGUGAUUCACACGCACUCCAAGCACUGUGUCAUGGUCACUCUACUAUACCCUGGAAAGGAAUUCUGCAUCACUCAUCAGGAAAUGAUAAAAGGAUUGAAGAAGGGUACAACAGGUGUGAAUUACAGAUAUGAUGAGGAACUUGUUGUUCCUAUAAUUGAAAACACUCCAGAGGAACGAGAUUUAAAGGAAAGUAUGGCGAGGGCCAUGGAGCAGUACCCAGACUCCUGUGCAGUCCUUGUACGUCGACAUGGAGUGUAUGUCUGGGGAGACACAUGGCAGAAAGCAAAAACUAUGUGUGAGUGUUUGGAUUACUUGUGCGACAUUGCCGUACAGAUGAAGCUCCACGGACUGGAUCCCACUGCAAAACCAAAACCGAGAGAAGACGUUGACGAUGGAGUCUUAUAGAAGUCCAUGUGUGUUAAACUGGUUUACAAUGUUAAACAUACAAAGGAUGUAACUCUCAAGACUUUUCUAAUGCUACGGUAGAUGUGACCAGGAGAUGCAAAUGGCUACAGGGAGGUUGUGGUUAUAAGUGCAAGGGGCUUGCGGGAAACUUGGUGAUGGUGAGGUAGAUGAUGAAAAUGAACUUUUAGUGCGAAAAAGGUUCACUCUUGACCACGAAUUGAGGACAUGCUAAACAUGCUGAUCAAAGGAAAUUGUGUAUCGUAAGAUAUUUAAGACAUUAAGAGUUUUAAAAUGUAAGAAUACAAGUUCUUAAUUUAAAUAAAAUUGAACACUAUGUCCGAGUCCCGAAGGGGAAAGGAAAAAUACGACGUAGUUCUGGAGAGGUGUUCCAACUUAUAAUGUCUGGUACUGUAGCUACUCGUCCACUUAGGUUUUCAACUUGUAUUUACACUUUCGAUUGAAAUAACUUAAUUAUCUUAAAUAUCUUUGCUAGCUGUGGUUUGACGCUAAACAACCAACUAAUCUUUAAGCUGCCUGUUAGUGUUUUGCGCAUGUGCUUAACACCUGACCUCUGUCCAGCUUUCUACUUUCAAAUCGCCUGCUCGUUGCAACUGCACUGUAUUUCGUGGACUGGACUGGACUGAAGUUGAAAAUUUAGCACCAGCCUUUACUCAGUUUCAAAAACUGAUGUAUCAGGGUAUAUUUACAGAGGUUAAAAUGAGGGGCUAGAAUUUUUAACUUAUUAGAAUAUAUGUAGGAUGUAGAGGUUUUUAACCUGUCACCAAAACGUUCACAUAUCAGCCUACAACUUACAACACACGGUGAGAAAACUGACAAAUCCACUAUAACUACAUUUUUAAGUAAAACGUUUUUCCGGAAAAACUUAACUGUAGCACAACAGAGUUGGAAAUUUGAUACAUUUAAGCACAUGGUGCUCUAUGGUGUAGUGAAGGUGCUACAUCUGUAACGGCCAAGAAUAACAGUGAUAAAGAGGCAGAGAUAAAGCAAACAUAAAACAAA